GGAAGUGAAAGAGAGAGUUUCUGUCUGCGAUUUCCUCUACUGACGAGGAAUGGAUGGCAACACAUCUCAACUGCUAUGCGCAAAAUUGUCAGAUCCAAAGCCUUUCGCGGACUGACUCCGGCAUGCUCCAAACAGACAUUCGGUACACCAAACUCCGAUGGUUUCUGACAGCCGUCGGGCUUCUCCUGUACGUCGUGGACAUCUGGACAGACGUGGGACUGUCCCUGAAGUACCUUCUGGACGAACAUUACAUACACUCUGCAAUGACUUUCUCCUUCGUCCUGGCCGGGCUGCUGGUGACUCAGAUUUUCAGUCACGCCUGGUACGAGGACGACCUGGAUGAUGCUUUGAUGAACCCUGUAUCGGGAAUGUCCAAGUGCAGACUCAUGAUCUUCCACCUGUGCGGCGCGGGUAUUUUUACCAGGUACUACCACUUAUUGAAAAGUGGCUUCAGAGUGGUCUGGUUCUCAGCUGGCUCCCUUGACGAGGAUGCGAGGAAGGAAGUGCACCACGGCCUCUUUUGCCACGCCACCGACCUGAGCAUGCUCAAACUCUUCGAGGCGUUCUUGGAGAGCGCCCCCCAACUCCUCCUGCAGAUCUACAUAGUCCUGGACAAGGGCGGGGCCUUGGUCGUGCAGUAUUUGUCUAUGGUCUUCUCCUCUUUUAAUAUCGCCUGGGCCUUGGUGGACUACCGCCGCUGUCUGCGCCGGUCGCUGCCCCGCAUCCAGGAGAUGCCGUCCGGCAUACCCACAGUCAUUUACUUCCUCUACAAACUCUGCACCAUUAGCAGCCACAUCCUCAGCUUCAGCCUCCUUCUGGUACUCACCCCUUACUGCGUGAUAGCCUUGGUGACUAUUUUGUGGCUGCUGGGUACCAUAUGGUCACACCUACUUUGCACCAACUUCUGCUCCACCAGAAGCCAUGAGAUGGUCUACCGCGCCGUGGUUGGGUUCAUCCUCACGUUCACCUUUUUUAAUGUCAAAGGACAGGACACCAGAAUAGCCAUGGCUGUGUAUUAUUUCCUCUACUCGCUCAUUAACAUGACGUCGCCAUUACUUUUGGCUUUGUUUAAGCCGGACGUGCAGAAGGCAACGUUCUUCCUCGUGAUCAGCGGGUUAAUUUUCUGCGGUACUGUGUUGGGGCUGGUCUGCCUCGUGUUGUACUACCUCCACCUGCACCCGAGGGAGAAAUGGCGCCAAGCCGACGAGGUGGACGGGACUGUUAACCACAGGGAGCUAAAAGGGAGGAUGAGCAACUUUCUGCGGCCUUGACGGACAUUUAGUCAAGAUGGCGGACAUGCUACGACAAGGACGGCAGUCCCGAAACAUGGAUGAGACUCUGAGGGACACAACACUCCAUCAAUUUUUUUUUUUUUUUUAAUCUCCUGAGCACGCUGAAAGCUGUUACUACACCGAGACUGAUAAAGCUAAUGAUUAUAAAAUGGAGUCAAGUGCAAUAAAAUAUGACAUGAUCAUGAAUGAUAAGGGUUACCUCAUGCGUUGAUGUCAUGCACAUACGGUUUCCAAGUAUUAUAAUAUGAGUUUUUGCAUACUACUGCUGGAGCAGGAAGAGCUGUAAGGCAACUAUUGAACACCAGGGGGCGGUAUUGUCAUUGUUAUUUUCUUCGAGGCUUUUUGACUGCAAACGAACUAACAAUCUCCAGGCUAUACUGUAUCGUCAAUAGUUGGACUUUUCAGAGGUAUUCAUUCCACAAAAUGUUUAUUAUUGUGAUUUUUUUGUGAUGUCUUGUCAUGAUAAAUAUGUUCACCCAAUUUCGGGAUGAUUGGUGAAAGUGUUGACGUGAAGGCUGCUUUUCGGAGGGCCAUUUCUCAUGCAAUUUGUUCAAAAUAGGUUGCUUUCAACCAAAAUGGCCAACUUGGUGCUCAAUUUCGGCCAUUGGUCCGAGAGACAUUUUUGUGUGUUCUCACAUGAUAGACAUGUCCGCCUAAUUUUGUGUUUUUGGGUGAAACUGGUGUGAGCCAUUCCAAGAUAGUGAUAACUGGAAAGAGACAUCCCUCCCAUAUAGGGAGAAAAAAGAUGUCAUCAUCCUGUCAAAUGACAGAUCCUCCCCUUCUCCCUCUUACCCCUUUUGUCUAGAAUAAAU